GUCAUCAUUGUUCCCAAGACGAAAGAAAGCUUCUUAGUUUGCCUGCUCGGUUUGGUUGUCUUGGUAUUCCAAUCUUCUCCGAGAUCGCAGAGAGGAAGUUCGAGUACUCCAAAUCAACAAGUGAGCAGCAGUCUAAGAACAUUAAAUCCCGUACGUCAGAAUAGUCCUUUGAUGAAUAGUCCUUUAACAUUUCCACCAAGAAUGCUACCAAGAAGUCAAGGCAUUUGGAACAUCAACGCAGUCUUGACGAUCUCAAAGAAAGAAUGACCAAAAGCGUGCUAACGAGAUCGCUCAAAUGAGAGGAGCGUCUAACUGGCUAACAUCAUUACCAUUGAAGUCUGAAAACUACUUCCUUAACAAACGAGGCGACGCUAUUCGGAUGAGAUACAGAUGGCCGCUCAAGUGCAUACCAACCACUUAUGCCUGUGGGGAACGGUUUUCGGUUGAUCACGCGUUGUCUUGUUUCAAGGGUGGCUUCAACGCCACGUUGAAAUCCGUGACCUAUUUGGACAACUGCCUAUACUGAGAUUUUUCACGACGCGGAGAUUGAACCUGCCGUUCUUCCUCUCACUGGUGAGCAACUCCAUGCAACUGCAAAUGCGCAAGACAAGGCAAGACUUGACAUCAGUAUUGGUGGCUUUUGGCAACGUGGACAGCGAGUAUUUUUCGAUGUACGGGUUUUCAAUCCUUUCGUUCCUAGCUACCGAAACGAAAAGUUAUCUACUGCCUUUAAUGCUAACGAACGUGAGAAGAAACGGAAUUACACCCAAAUAGUUAUAGAUAUUCAUAUUGGCCAUGGAUCUUUUACCCCAUUGGUUUUGCUCCCUAUAGUGGAAGUAGUCGAGAAACGGAAAAGUUCAUUUCAGUACUGGCAUCCUCGAUAGCUGAAAAGCUCAAGAUAGCGAUCAGUAUUACAACCAACUGGAUUCGCUCAAAGUUAUCAUUUGCUCUUCUCCGCUCCUCUAUAUACUAUGUGUUCGUGGUUCACGUUCUUUACGCAAGAAAUAUUACGUUGACGCAGGCAACAUUACAUUUUGAUCCGGCGUUGACUAGUUUUGUUAUGACAUUUGACAUUGACAAUUAUUAGUUUGCAUAAGAAGAUUAUUAUGUUCAUAUUUUGUAUAUAUUGUUAUAUUAUGUUAUUAAAAAAUUUUGUUGAAAAAAAGUAUUAAAGUUUGCUUUCAGCUUUCGUACGUUUCAACGAAAGUAACUGAAAACUGAGUUAACUACGGUAAUUCAACUGGAAGUGAGUUGAAAAUUUGGGUUCUUGGAUGAAGUCUUAAGAAAAUAUUCUACACAUUGAUAGCAAUAUAACAGCGUUGCUGAUGUGGUUGUGACGAAUUGGAAUUAGACUAUGAUCACACAUUUGACUAUAGGGGGGAAACAAAAUAGCGCACUUUGACCACUUGAGGAGAUGCUCUAACAUUGGCAAGUUAUGGUCUGACUAAAUAAUUUUAACGAAAGAAAUGUUUUUUCUUAAUAUUUGUAGACAGUUCUGAUCAAAACCAGCACAAUUAAAUAACAUGCAUGGUGUUUCUGGGUGCAAUGGGGCAUAGUGUGUUUAACUAUUACUCCUUCUACUGCCAUUGCAGGAGUUGCUCAUAUUGUUGCUCCAUCAGAAGCUAGUUCAAGUUUGGUUGACCCAAGAACUGUUCAUCGCAUUUCUGAUCCUACAGAUAUAGUUGCACUAGCGAAAGAAGUCCAGAAAGCAGAUGAAUUUGUUAAAUGUAUUGCAACAAACAAGUUAAUUGUUAUUGCUGAGCAGAUACGUCACCUUCAAGAUCAG